AAUAUCAAAAUCACAUAAUUAUAAUUGUCAGACCUUUACACUUAACACAAAACAGAAACAAAUUAUAACACAUGUAAUUUUCUGCUGCACAAAAUGUGGAGACUGCGGGCUCUGGUAGUUCACCUUCUCUUGCUGGCCUCCAUAAUGACCACAUACUUCUCAUCUACCAUCUUAUCAGGACUCGUGCCCCAGAAGACAAUGCGUGAGAUGGGCUUUGAGCCGCCAGCAGAUCGUUUGGUUGUAUUCCUGACCGAUGGCUUGAGGGCCGCUUCCUUUUUUGCGAGGAACGGAAGUGCGGUUCCGGAUCUACGUGACUUUUACCGGACGCAGGGUCGUAUAGCACUCUCCCGCGCUUUGCCACCUACACAGACUACCACUGGACACAUCGCCAUCUUCGGUGGCUUGAAGCAAGAUCCUUCGGCUGCGGUGGUGAAUUUUCUCUACGUUCCCGUCUACUAUGAUACCGUCUUUAACCGCAGUCGCACGGCCAUUGGCUGGAUCCAUGAAAUGGUGGACAAUGUCUUUAAAGAUCUACCGCACGGAGGAGCGCCGCUUCGAUUCAAGUUGGGAUAUAAUAAUGAUUUGCAGUUCGAUGAGUGGGUCUUUAAGCAGGUAAAAGAAUUCCUGUCCAGGAGCGACAAUGUCCGGGAAGUGCGCAGUCUCAAGGAAGUGGUGUUCUUUGUCUACUUGGCGGAUAUGGAUGCAUGGGCACAUCGCUACACGCCAUUGAGCCCAGAGUUCGACCAGCAGCUCCUGCACACUCAGAAAGGCAUUCUUACGACCUACAAACUAUUUGAGCAAGUAUUUAAUGACAGUCGAACGUCCUUUCUGAUGACCGCCGAUCAUGGAAUGUCGGAUUAUGGAAUUCACGGCAGUUCUUUACUUCAUGAAACCGAAACGCCUUUGUUUAUGUGGGGUGCCGGUGUGAAACGAACAGUCGGUCCGGAUGCCGGAUUUCCCACCAAGAACAAUAUAUCUGUGGUGAAACAGAUUCAGCUGGCGCCCCUAAUGUCGGCACUUAUAGGUCUUCCACCUCCAAUGAAUAACAUAGCCAUGAUGCCAGUGGGAUACCUCAAUGUGAGCAUCGAGUACGAAACUAUGGCUUUCCAUCUAAACGCCCUGCAGAUCCUGGAUCAGGCCGAGAUCGUAAUUAGCCGUAAUAAACGCGCUCUUUUUUACAAAUGGCUGCCCACAUUCAAGGGGCUGGACUUGAAGCAAAUUGCUGCCUACAAGGACAACUUCAAGUCCUUGGUUUCUCAGGGACGCAGUCAAGAGGCCAUGGAAGAGUCUCAAAGAAUUAUAAAAUUGGCUCAAAAGUGCUUGAAAUACUACCAGGGAUAUUACCAAACUCCUCUCCUGGUGGCCACUACGAUCUCCUACUUGGUAUGGAUAUACUGCCUACUUCUGCAACUAACAAGGAUAGCCACGGAGAAUAAACGAAAGGGAUUUGCCACCUUAUCCACGGUCUUGCUGUCUGCCCUCGGAAUCAUUCAAGUAGUUCUGUUGAUCUUGCAAAAGGUGCCAUUCUUCACAUCCGUCUGUCUUUUGUUACCAACUUGUUUGCUAAUAAUGGCUCAAGCUGAACGUGCAGCUAAAGGCGACUUGCUUAAGGCACCUCUCAUGAACGUCAUCUCAACAGUGCUGCCGGCAGUUCUAAUCAUUUUAAUGACAUUUAAAUACAGGCAUUUGGCUGAGCUAUAUGGACUAUCGGUUUUCCUACACAAUCAUCGUUUGUUCCGGAAGCCAUCAGUCAAGUUUUUCCUGUGGAUAAGUCUUGUGUGCAUAGUCAGUGGCUCCCUGUUCUUUGCUCAACAUCGGAGCUAUGGCAUUGAUCCUGAAUUGCUAGAUUUUCAUGUGGUGCAGUUGGGCAUGAUGGUGGCCCUGGUACGUCCCCUCAUUUUGCGACAUAAGAUUGGUCUUCGUGUAUGGAUUAUUAACGCGGUCACCUUGGCGGCUGGAGCCUACGGAAUUAAGAAAUAUGUCUCCAAAGAGGUGGUUCCGGAUUACGUAAAAGCCACUUCCUGGUUCUUUUUAGUGUACGCAUUCCUGUCAAUUAGAUACUGCGAUGCAUCCAAUAAGGCAGCUAUAAGAAGACUUGAACUGAUUAUCAUGAAUAUGAUCACAUUGCACGCCAUGCUCUGCCAAAGGUGGGGUUCUUGGGCUACCCAACUCCUAACCACCGAAAUACUCUUUGGCCUCCAGCAUUAUAAUGACUCGAAGGAGAAUGAUGAACCAGAUGACAGCGUUGGGGAUCGAAAGCCCCUACAACAUCUGAAGCAGUCCUAUAGAUAUGGUUUCGCCAUCGUCCUGUACUUCUAUGUGAGCUUCACGCUGGCUGGAAAUUGGAUAGAAUCAUUUAUAUUCCGACCGAAUACGGCCCGACUGUUUUAUGGCCAAUAUACCAUAUUAAUCCCCGGCUGCCUGAUCCUACUGAAGAUCGUUAUUCCAACGCUGAUCGUAAUCUCGAGCUUGUACGCUUUGAUUCCCUUCGUCCGGCACAAUAUCAGAUCGACAUUCACCUCCCUCCUGCUUAUCAAUAACGUCAUGGGGCUGUACUUCUGUUACUUUGUCAAUAAUAAGGGUGAUUAUGAAACCGUAAGGGACUCUCUGGAUAAGCUGCUUGUCACCCAUGUGGUUAACCUGUUGCUACUGGGAUGCUCCUGCAUCGUUCAGGGUUUCCUCCGCGAUACGGAAAUGGAAAAGCCACCGAGCAAAGAAGAAAAACAUGUUCGCUUUACCUCGGCCGACGAAGAGAGUCACAUUUAGUUUAAAUAAAGUUGAUUAUUUUUGAAGCAUUUAAAA